AUGGCUAAUAAUCCUUUGGCUAGCCGCAGUGAAGCCAGAUUUCAAGAAAUAGAUAACUUGGGACAAAUUAUUCAGGAGCAAGAAAUUACUCAGCAAAAAGAGACUGAAAUUCAACAGCAAACCGAAACUUUACAAAAGGCUGCUGAAAUAGAGCAACAGUUAAAAGAUAAUUUAGCACAAGCCCAAGAGCAAUUAAAAGAACCACCAAUGUUAGAAAAAGACCAACCCAAACUCUCUUCUCGUUUAACUAAAUUGCCUGCUCCUAAUGAAGAAGAAACUAAUUUGUUAAGUCAAUUACAGUUAUCCUUGGAACAAUUAUUGGCUAUUUCCAACAAAACCCCUUAUUUAACUUCCGAAGACCGAGAAGUUAUUAAUCAAAACUUCCUCACUUUCCCUUUAUCCCAAAAAUUAGCCUUAAUUAGUAGUGGUUUGAAUGAAGUAACCGAAGAACAGAAACAACAUUUAUUAGACUUUGGCUGCAAUAAGCUAAAACUAACUGAGGAACAAGCCGAACAAUUAAAAGAAGUCCAUCCUGAUACUUUUAAGACUUUUCCUUUAACUGGACAACAAAAGAAUAUUUUAAAUAGUUUAGCCCCCUUAACUAGAGAGGAUAAGUAUUCGGAAGAGAGUUUAUCCCUUUUAAAACAAUUAAACCUAAAACCGGUUAAUCAGACCUUUUUAGUUCAAGAAGAGAUAAUUCCUGAUCCGCAUACUCAGUUUGGCAAAAGCAAGAGUUCUUAUUUACCUUUAAAAGAAAAAUUUUUAAAAGGAGAACAAAGGAUAAUCCGAGCCAAAGCAGAAACUAGACAAAAGAAACUUGCCGAGAAAAAAAUAAAAGAAAACAAAUUAUCUAUUUUACGUUCUCUAUGGAAAGUGGCUAACAGAGAAGAGGAAGAUUUAUCAGAAACCUCCAUCUCUGAACCAUCUCAAUCCACCAGUUCCCGUUACGAUGAUUUAUUUGCCAACUUAAAUGAAGAAGAAGCCAAAAGAAUGAAAAAGAAACUAGAAAGGGAAGAAGCUCAAAAAAAACUUCAAGAACAAGAAAGAUUAAGAAGAGCAAGCAAGUUAUCCGAAAAAGACCGAAAACUUAAAGAAGCCGAGGAAAGAAGACAAGAAGAAAGAGAAUUAGAAGAAAAGCAAAAGAAAUUAGCGGCUAUUGCUCUCGAAGAUGAGGAAGAAAGACAGUUAAUCGAGAAAAAAGCCAAUGAUGAAAAAGCCCGCAUUGAAGCUGAAAUCUUAGAAGUUAAACGGAAAAAUGAAGAAGAACUGAAGAAAAAAGAAAAUCAAUUAAAAAAAGAACAGGAAACCCGAGCCGAAGAAAUCCGGAAAAUGGAGGCUGAUAAACUUCUGCUCUUGGCGGAUUUCCUUA